GUGUCAGUAGGAGCAACACGUGAUUGAUGCAGUACGAUCCUUUUUGUCAAGGAGAGAUUCUAUGAGGUGGGCCAUCCUAUAUUAUUACUGUUAUUAUGACAAUAAAAAAUAAGAAGACAAGCACUUGAUGAACAGGGUUUAGGGAGCAGAUGUAAGUCACAAUUUCUCCAAGGGGAGACAUCCAGCAAAUAAAGACUAGGAUGAUAGAAAACGCUGUAUAAUAUAAAUCAGCCAGUCUCCCAUUAAUUUCAUUCCCCUAAACCUGCUACCCAAAAGCACUGUCCGAAAAAGAUGAUCUCAUGAUCUCAUCCGAUCCAAUCCCCAUCAAUCCCUAAUUUAUUAUUCGUCUCCUCUCCAGUGGCCGCCUUGUGCUCUCCCCACUUUCUACCCAUCCGCCUUCCAGAUGCCUUACCCUCACCACCACCAAUGCUCUUACUGCUGCUCUUGUUCCUCCUCUUCCACCCCCUCUCCUCCCCUUUUCUCCCCCGCUGAUCAACUCUUCCAAGCUCUCACCACCCAACUCCUCCUCCAUUUCCCAUCCCCUCCUCAUAUCUACUCCCAUCAAUCUCUCAAAUCCCACAACCCCUUGUACCCAACUCCAUCCCCAACCCAUCAGCAGCCAAAGGAUCAGGAGCAGCAGCAGCAAUACCACUCCCGAACUCACCCUCUCCUUCACUCCCUCCUUUCCCGCGUCACCGCCCUCGAGUCCUAUGUCCCCCACCUCUCCUCCACUUCUGCCCCUUCUCCUCCUCCUCCACGAUCCUCGCCGGCGUCUCGGCCUCCGUCUUCGUCUCCAUCCUCUCGUCCUUCUCUCCGCGAUGCGGCGGCGAGGACCAUCCAGGCCAGGUUCCGGCUCUUCCUGGUCCGGCGAUCCCAGACCCUCCGCUACCUCAAAUGCCUUGCCUCCAUCAAAUCCCACGCCGCCACCCUCCGAUCCUCGCUCUCCGACCAAACGGCCUGCCGCGAUCCCAAAGCCCUCUCCCAGAGAGCCACGGGUCUCCUCCUCCAGCUCGAUUCCAUCCAGAGCGGUGACCCGAUGAUCAGAGAAGGGAAGCGGUCGAUCAGCCGAGAACUGGUCCGGAUAUUGGAGUUUGUGGAAAAGGUUUUGGUGAAAAAGCACGAGCGCUCUCUCGGAGCAGGGGAGGCCGCGGGCAUCGGCGGCAAUGGAAGUGAAGGAUUUGGAGAAAUCGAAACGCUGCUGCGAUUUACCAAGCAGACGAAAAAAGUGAGCUUUUUUGAGAAUGAGAGGGAAUCUAGGGUUUCUGCUGGUGCUUCUGGGCCAUAUCCAGAGCAUUUCGAGGAACACAGCAAUGGUGGUCAUCAAAGAGGUAACAUAGAAAGAUUGUGCCGGGAAGUGACAGGUAUGAGGAUAACAGAACAUUCGAAACCAGAAGAAGGGCUUUCUCAGCUCAGUGAUGAUGAGAGGAGCUCCGAAGGUGGUUCUGAGAAUGGAGGCAGGUAUGGAAGUCGAGGCCAUUUCCGUGGUCUUUCUGCUCCCUUGCCCGUGCUGAUGGAGCGGACGAGAAGAGAGCAGUGAUUGCCUUGUGCUGUUACUUAGCCUCUUGGAAGAAAAGGUAAGUGAGGAGCUGUUGUUUCGGGCCAUUUACUCAUUUAAUGUAAAAAAAAAAAAAUCAAAAUAAUGUAUCGAAUUUAUUUACCAGAACGAUGCAACGGAUAAAAAUAUCAUUUAGAAUGAUAUUUUUUAUAUAAAAAAAUAUCAUUCCGAACGAUAUUUUUUGAUCUUAUCACUAAUCCUUCCGCAGUCUACGUAGAAUAAAAAAAAAAUUUAGAA